UUUGUUAUCCGCAGUUUUGUAUAGCAUUAUUUUUGGGCAUUUUGUCGAGUAUAACGAGAAUUAGGCAACAUAACAGACUUUUCUCCCGAGAUUCUAGGAACUUUUUUAGUUUGGUACCCUUCCAGCUCUUCGAAGCCAGAAAGCAAGCGAGACAAACGAUUUUCGAGAGAGACACUAAACCAACUGAGCACACCAUGUAUACUUCCACCAUGCUAAGUAGUUGUCAACUUUAACGAUUUUGCGUCAUAUAUUUUGCGUCUUGUUAACAUUUAUCAAAACAAUAUUGAUAUUAUUAGAAUAUUUCAGCAACAUGACAGGUUGUACAGCUCCUGGAUGUACAAAUUCUGACGAAAAAGGAUUUAUUAUGAAAAUUUUCCCCCGAGAUCCAGUUCGACGUGCCCAAUGGACGGCACAGGUUGGCAAAAAGGAUUGGACACCUACCGAUAGAUCAUUUCUGUGUGAAGUCCAUUUUUCACACGAUAUGUGGGAAAAUAACCGAGCUGAUGGAAAAAGAAAGCUUAAAAUAAAUGCUGUGCCGAUAAUAUUCGGAAGUAAAGCAAAGAUGAUCAAGAGUUACCACGAAAAUGUCAGAUCUGCUUUACGAAAUGAUGAUGCUAGACCUGCUUCACGAAAUGAUGAUGCUAGACCUGCUUCACGAAAUGAUGAUGCUAGACCUGCUUCACAGAAUGAUGAGAUGGGUUAUGUUCAUGAAGAUGAUCUAUCAGUACAAAAUGAAAAAAGAAAUAAUGAUUGUGAGAAUGAAUUGCAAGUGGAAAGUACCGAAAAUAAAAAAAACAACAGUGAACUUAAAAACAUAUCACGUACAAUAAAAAAUCAGAAACUAAUUAUAUGUGAACAAUCACGUAUAAUUAAAAAACAAAUUAUUAAAUUAAAAAAAUAUAAAAAUUGCAUCGAUAACUUAAAGGCGAUAAAACUGAAUAAGAAACGAAAUGAUACCAAUAUGGUUCUCUUAAGCAGGCUACGACAAAUAUUUACCGAUGAUCAAAUUGCAGCUUUGAAGAAUAAUAGGAGAGUACGAAAAUGGAGCAACGAAUCAAUUAUGAAGGCACUUAAAUUAAGAUUUUCUUGUGGCGUUACCGGUUAUGAAGAACUCCGUCAUCAGAAGUUUCCUUUGCCAGGGCUUAGAACAUUGCGAAGAAAAGUGGAAAAUUUAAAAUUUGAAAGUGGAAUUUCGGACGAUAUUUUCAAUUUUUUAAAAUUGAAGUUGUCGAAUUGGAAUGAAAUUGAUCGGAAAUGUUGUUUAGUUUUUGAUGAAAUCAGUAUUUCAUCAGACGAAAAGUUUGACAAUUCUUCGCAAAGUAACAUUGGAGCUGUAACUUUACCAGGCCAUACAGAGCCGAAUCAAUUGGUCUUGCCGUAAAUUCUAUUACGUCUGAUAUGGAAUCGGGCA